GGGACCACUUUUGCACCUACAUUUAUACGCGUAACGUCUACUAUGAUCAGCCCCUAUACCCAUACCGUACAGUCAAUGGUUGAACAACACAUAUAGCGUUCAUUUGAUUAGUAUUUCCGUCAAAAAGUGAUUAAAACUAGUUUUAGUGAAUAAUUCAUACAAAAGUGUUUACUAAUAAUUAGCAAACGAAAUUAUUUGAAUAAGCUCAUUUAUUUUGCGUGUCUGUCCACCACUACCACCACCGCCUAAGAAGUCAUGUAUCUGUCACUCGGGGGUCGACUACUGUCCCGCCAGUGUGUGCAGCCACUGGUGGUGUCCACAGCGUCGGGUGUGAGAAGUGUCCACACGUUUGACAACCAGAAGUUUGGCAAAAAUAUAGUGUUAAUCGACGGCAUUAGGACUCCCUUUAAUCACUCCAACACUGAUUACAAGGAUUUAAUGGCUUAUGAG